AUGGUCUGGCUUCGCAAGAGGCUCCCACUCCUGCUGCCUCUGGUGUCUCUCACUCUCGGGUAUGGAGGCGCGUACGAGCAGGAGCCUAUAGGUGGCUUUGAUCCAGACGCAUGCCCAGACUACACUACCUACGCUGCUUAUCCUCAUCGACCUCUCAGUGACGGCCCUCUACAACUUCCCUUCCAGCGCCCCGAUAAGCGAUGUCGUACAUUCCACUCCGACGCAAUUGAGAAGGUCAUCGAAGAUGUUACUUCGAGGAUGAAGGACAAGGACCUGGCGCGCCUCUUUGAAAAUGCUUUCCCCUCUACUACCGAUACUACCGUCAAAUUCCACACCCGUGCGAGCACCAAGCGCGAAAGCUCUGAAUGGUCGCUCUAUGAUGAGGAGGCAUGGCAGGGACCACAAUCGUUCGUCAUCACGGGCGACAUCAUUGCAGAGUGGCUGCGCGAUAGCACCAACCAACUAAAGCCAUAUCAGACGCUGGCUAAGAAAGACACAAACAUCUUUGACUUGAUCCUUGGCGCAAUCAACACUCAGUCCGAGUAUGUGAUUGAGUCGCCCUACUGCAACGCCUUCCAACCGCCGCCCAUCUCGGGACUUCCGAUCAGCAUGAAUGGGCAGAACGAUGUCGUUCAUCCGGCGUACGAGCCUAAUUUCGUUUUCGAGUGCAAGUACGAGUUGGAUAGCUUGGCCCACUUCUUGGCACUGGCCAAUGAGUUCUAUGCGCAGACUGGUUCGACCGAUUUUGUUAACAAGAGGUGGCUACGUGCAAUUGACACCUUGCUCAGAGUGCUAGAUCAACAGAGCAUGUCGACAUUCGAUCCAGAGACUGGCCGGUACAGGAGGAACGAGUAUACUUUCCAAAGAAAUACCAAUACCGGAACUGAGACCUUGAACCUCAUGGGCGUAGGGAACCCACUCAACAAUGGGACCGGACUCAUUAGAUCAGCCUUCCGACCCAGUGACGAUGCGACCAUUCUGGGCUUCUUCAUCCCUGCCAACGCCAUGAUAGCUGUAGAAUUGAAGCGUACUGCUGCCAUAUUGAAAGAAGCAGGCCACGCUACAGUUGCACAGACCGUGGAGCAGUGGAGCGACACAAUCACCAAGGGCGUAUGGGAGCAUGGCGUCAUACACCACAAGGUUUUCGGCGAUGUGUUCGCGUAUGAGGUUGACGGCUAUGGCAGCUCCAUCCUGAUGGACGAUGCAAAUUAUCCGAGUUUAUUAGCCUUGCCAUUGAUGGGCUUUGUGACUUCGGACGACAAGAUCUACCAGAACACGAGGAAGAUGCUGCUGAGUAAGCAGUCGAACCCCUAUUUCCUCACAGGCAGAGAAUUCCAUGGCAUUGGAGGUCCACAUAUUGGUCUGUCGAAUGCCUGGCCGAUGAGUUUACUCAUUCAGGCCCAAACAUCAUCUGAUGAUACUGAGAUCAUGGAGUGUAUCAAUCUCGUCCUAAGCUCUAGCAAACUUGGACUUGUCCAUGAGAGUGUAGACGUCAACUACGCCGUGUCUUAUACAAGGGCAAAUGGUGUCUUUGCGGAGACUAUUUUAGAUAUUGCAAAGCGAAAGCCGCAUUUGAUAUUCAAGGAAGCGAAGUCAUACGAACCAUAG